UUUCCAGUCAAAUUGAAAGCACUCCACGCUGCUGGCUCUGAAUAGCGCACAAUCUCUCUCAGUCAUGCCUAAAAUGAAUGAGCAACUCUUACACCUCAAUCGCAUUAGACCAUGGGAGGAUGCCCAACAAACUCUAACAAAAAGAUUCCCUCUUCCCCUUCUCUCUCCCCUACCAGUGUGACCACUAGCUAUAUAAACACACUUUUCUCUGCUGCGUUUUUUCCUUGUAACUUAAAAAAGUCAUUCAUAGUAGUGCCCAUAUAAUUUUACUCAAAAGUGAUGGCAGGACUUGGCGACUCUCCCUACGAUGAUUAUUGCGCAUCUGAGUGUGAGGAUGAGCACAAGGAGUUUAAAUCAAAGAACCUCGAGGCAGAAAGGAAGCGGCGGCGGAAGCUCAGUGAUAGGCUGCUCGAGCUGCGCUCACUAGUCCCAAAUAUCACCAAUAUGAACAAGGCUACGAUAAUAACUGAUGCAAUAGAUUACAUCGAGGAGCUACAGAAUACGGUGAGAGAUCUUAGUGACCAACUCUGUCAGAUGGACAUAACUCUUAAAGAGGACAUGGAAAGCCAAAAUAAAUACGUUACUGAUCCUGCGAAAGAAAUGAAGAACUGGGGAAUUGAGACAGAAGUUAAGGUUACUCGCCUUAAUGGAGCCAAGCUCUGGAUUCAAGUAGUUUUCCAGAAGAAAAUUGGAGGAUUUACUAAAUUGAUGGAGGCCAUUAGUGUCAUUGGAUAUGAUCCCAAAGAUGUUAGUGUUACUACGGUCAAAGGAGCACUCUGCGUUACUUCUUGUGUCGAGGCAAUUCAUGAUGGAUGUGUUGAAGUAGACCAAAUCAAAAAUUUCUUACUAGAGACCACCAGACGCAUAUAAUACAGUCGCAGUGAUCAUUGUGUGAGCCCUCAGUUGCAUGUUUGUCUUGCAACCAGUUAAUAUCAAAUUGGAGUGAUCUUCAAAUAUCCCAAGAUGAAGUUCCAAAACAACGCAGGGUUUUAAUUCUGUUUUCUGCUUCCUAUCUGGAAUAUUUUAAGUGCUCGUUGGAGCUUCAGUCCAAAAAUCAUGUAAUUGCUUUUAACCUAAAUGAAAGAUGGAUAAUUGUAACGA